ACCCAUCCUGAUCCUCAACAUUGCUCAUCAUGCCUGUAUUGACGUCCAUCAGGGCAAAGGCUAUCCGGACGUAGCCACUCGUCAGCUUGUCAAGACCUUGUCGGAUAACCUCCCCUCCUAGUGGGCAUUCCUUUCGCUCUGCGCAUUCUUAUGACUGCUCACCCCCUGCAGUAUCCCCAUACUCGCUCUUGUCGACGGCGAUGCCUUCGGGCUGGAUAUCCUCUCCGUAUAUCGGUUCGGAAGCACUCAGAUGCGGCACGAACGGGAGAGCCUCGCCGCCGGGCGGGUGCGCUGGCUAGGGCUCUGGACGAGCGAACUGGCGGGGCUGGGCAUCUCCAGGGACGCGCUUAUACCAAUCACGAAGCAUGACGCGAAGAAGGCACUAAGUAUGCUGCGGCGUAGUGCCCUGCCGAAGAAGUGGCGGAAGGAGUUGCAGUAUAUGCUGCAUAAUCGGCGAAAGGCAGAGAUUGAAAUUCUGUCGAGCGUACAGAGGAAGCCGACUGCUUCUGGCUCUCGGCGCGAUCUCGGGCGACAGUCUGGCGACAUGCUCGACUCAGUUGACUACGAGGAUCUGGCGACGGCCUCUGGACAUAUCCAACCACCUCAACCGCCAUGCCUCGUCACCUACCUAACGGACAAGAUAAAUGCCAUCGUUGUCAGCUACGCCGCCAAGUACUCCUGACGAGUCGACGCCUCUGCUUCUGCCUACGUCCGCCGCACACGUGUGAUGUUCUACUCGUCAACGGUCUCAACCGCACGGGUCAAGGUCGCACUAUGAUAUUUUUGGACGCCCCGGACGGGCGACUACGCUACAAGGUCUAAUGCAGUAAAUAGUCCAUGGAUGC